AUGCUUUCGUUUCUGCCCCUGGCCGUCGUAGGCCUAGUCCUGCUGUACCUGGCCAACACCUACAGAUGCUACCAGAUCAAUCUGAUCGCCGCCAAGCGGUCUGGCAUCCCGUACCUCUCCAUGCCAGUCUACACCUUCAAUCGCUUCUGGUUGGUCACGCAUCGUCUCUGGCUGCCGUUGAUAGAUAGAUUGCCACAGUCCUGGACCAAGGCUUGGUAUCAUUAUCUCACUCCGGACUUCCUGUGGAACAAGCAGUAUGACAUGUUUAAAGAGCUGCGCAGUGACCUGGUCAUCAUCGUAGCGCCGGGUGCAAAUACGCUCUAUGUGGCCGACGCCGAAGUCAACAACCAAAUCACCAGCCGCCGAAAUGAUUUCCCCAAGCCCAUCUGGCUAUACUCCAGCGUCGACGUCUUCGGCAAGAAUGUCGUCUCCACCGAAGGCGCGAAUUGGCGACAUCAUCGAAAGAUCACGAGCCCACCGUUCACCGAGAAGAACAACACCCUCGUAUGGAAGGAAUCUCUCGUCCAAGCGGAGAGCAUGAUGGCCGGCUGGAUAGACCAGAAGAGCGACUCUACCGGCACCAUCUGGAGUGUUGCCACCGAAGCAAUGCGUCUGUCCUUGCACGUCAUCAGCCGAGCUGGGUUCGGAGUCCAACUGAAAUGGCCUCAUGAGGAGGAAAUCACACCCGUUCCUGCAGGCCACACGAUGGCAUAUAAAGAAGCACUGGAGACCUUACUGAAGAACAUUCUCGUCAUGAUCCUGUUUCCAAGAUGGGUCAUCAAAUCUUCGCCAUUGGAGAUUCACAAGAAGACCUGGCGUGCUUUCACCGAAUGGGGCCAGUAUAUGCGUGAGCUGUACGAAGCCAAGCGUGGUGAAGUCAAGGAAGGCGAGCGACGCGAGGGCAUGGAUCUCAUGGGCGCUCUGGUCCAGGGAGCCGGUCUGACACAAGAAUCACUGAACGCGCGUGGCAAUGCAGACCCAGAGAAAGCGGCUCCCACCAAGCAACUCCUCAGCGACGAUGAGAUUUUCGGCAAUGCCUUUGUCUUCAUCCUCGCUGGUCACGAAACCGCCGCCAACACCAUCCACUUCUCGACACUCUUCCUCGCCAUGCAUCCUUCUUCCCAGCGCAACCUACAGAAGGACCUCGACAGCAUUCUCGGCGACCGCCCGGUCUCCGAAUGGGACUACGACCACGAUCUCCCCAAGCUCUUUGGCAGCAUGUGCGGCGCCGUCAUGAACGAGGAACUCCGCCUCAUCCCUCCCGUCCUCGGCAUCCCCAAAUCCACACGCGCCACACCACAAGGCCUCACUUUCAACGGGAAGCACGUCCUGGUGCCGGAGAACGCGUACGUGACCUUGUCUACCGUCGCCACGCACAUGAACCCCAAAUACUGGCCGCACACCUCGGAAGCAGAUCUGAAGGAAUUCCGCCCCGAGAGAUGGAUCCUCGACCCCUCCAAGAAAGACACCACCACCACCACCAGCGACCCCCACCCCCACCCCCACUCCUACGACGAAGAAGAAAGAGAAAAAGAAGAAGAAGAAGGCCUCGACUUCGACGGCCCCGACCAGCGCCCGGACACCGCCGCCUCCCUCUACCGCCCCCCCAAGGGCGCCUACAUCCCCUUCAGCGACGGCUACCGCUCCUGCCUCGGCCGGCGCUUCGCCCAGGUGGAAAUCCUCGCCGUCCUCGCCGUCAUGUUCAAGGAAUACAGCGUCGAAUUGGACGUGAGCGAGUACCUCUCCGACGAGGCCCUUGCGCGCGCGACGGAAGCGGAGAAGCGGCGCGCGUGGGCGAAGGCGGAUGCGCGGGCGCGGGCGUUGUUGAAGGAUGGCAUGAUGACGAUUAUUACGAUUCAGAUGCGGACGGGCAAGGUGCCGUUUCGGUUUGUGCGGAGGGGGAAGGAGAGGUUUGGGUUUUUGCAAGGGGAUGAAUGA